CCGCAUGUGUCGCCGAGGGGUCAUCUUCGACGUACAUUAUCCUCAAUUAUACCAAUUCAUUGUGAAUCAUCCAUUCAUAUAUCUGUGCCUCCUUUGCUCGUUUCUACCUGUCUGCUGAUCUAGAUGCCUGGAAGCAAUUCAGCCUCUCUGGACUGCAUCUAGAAGAUGACCAUCUCCGCGCCAUAGACGACCGACGAUUCCUUUUCACGUACCACGUUCUGCCGUCGAUCCGACGAGAGAGAUCAUUCCCGGCCCUGCUCACUCAAAGCCAUCCUACUUCGCACUUGACCUAGUACCUCAUAUUUGCAGUUAUGGAUGGCAGCGCUUCUCAGCGACCUCAGCAGCCUGCGCUGCAACAGCAAGCCUCCUUGAUCCGUCCCGAACAAGUGCAAAGACUCCCUCAGCUCAACGUGGCACAAAAGCAGCAAUUUGAGCAGGGCGUCAAAAGAUAUUGGGAGGUGUUGAACUCAACCCCGCAGGGAGAUCCCAAGUACAAUGAAGCGUACCAAGGUUUGGUUCGCACCUCUGCCCAAUUGAUGGCCGGCAUGAAACAGUGGCAGCAGAACGCCAAGCAGAGACAACUGGCUGCCCAACAGCAACAACAGCAACAGCAACACCGGGAACAGCAGCAACAGCAACAACAGGCCGCAGCCCAACAACAGCAACAGCAAGCCGCGGCACAGCAGCAACAACAACAGGCCGCACAACAAGCCGCGCAACAGGCGCAAGCACAAGCGCAGCCGCAAGCCCAGAAGCAGCAACCUCAGGCUGCUCAAGUGCAAGGUGCUACAGGCCAGAGUGGAAACAGCAGCGUGCAAUUCAACCAACUCAUGCCUGAGAUUCAACGAAAAGUGAACGAACAACACUUUUACUUUCCUCCAGCCAUGACCAAGGGCACGGAACCGGCCGAUACCUGGCUGCGAGAAGCAAAAGCCCGCCUUGGACAAGCCCUGCAGAGACUGCAAAUAGCGAAGCAAAAGAAGGGGGAAUUUCAGCGCCAAGCACAACAGCGACAGCAACAAGGAAAUCCUUUAUCGGCAGAUGAGACGGAGGUCUAUAAUAACAAAGUCGCGCAAUGUGAUCGAGCCAUCAACGAAAGUACUUCUUUCAUGAAAAAGUUUAACGAACAACAAGAACAAUUCCGCGCUGCGCAGCCACAGCAUCAAUACUCCAAACAAAGUGCACCAGCUGGCGAGGGGGCUGAGCCUGGUCCAGUACCUCAAAUGCAACCGGGCGUCCAGGGUCCCACGGCGCAUUCGAUUAGUAGUGCUGUUUCUGCCGCACGCAAUCAAGCAAGUGCCGCCCAAGCAGGCAGUCCGCCUGCGAUUGCACCACAAAUGAACCAGACCACCACCACGACCGGCCAGCAAUCCCCUACAAGCACCACCCAACCGCAAUUCCCUCCUUCAGUACAAACGGAUAAUUCCACAGUACCUCGUCCAUUAUCACAGCAGGGUCAAGCCAUGUCUGCGCAGGCUACACCGCAUGGUGCGCCUUCGACCAUUCAUCCUCAUCCUUUGAAUACGAGUAUCAGUAGUGCUAAAUCGGCCGCGCCAACCAUUACCAAAAAUCUGCAAGUCGCAGAACCGAAACCUGUAACGAUGCCAGCUUCGCGACCGACGUUGACAGGUGGCGCAGGAGUUGGACUGCCGGGUCAGCUCGCACAGCCAGCCAUCACAGCAUUACCGGGCUAUGUACUCGAAUCGAGCGAAGAUGGAAGGGUGCUUUCGAAGAAGAAGCUGAACGAAUUGGUUCGAGAAGUGUGCGGUCCAGGUCCAGAGGAGCAACUUGAUCCGGAAGCCGAAGAGAUUUUCCUCGCCGUCGCUGAUGAUUUUGUUGACGACCUCGUCUCACAAGCCUGCAAGUUGGCCAAGCUUCGUGGCUCCUCAAGCCUGGAACUUCGUGAUUUACAAAUCAUUCUCGAACGGCAGUACAAUAUCCGCAUCCCCGGUAUCUCGACUGACGAGGUUCGCACUGUCCGACGACCUCAACCAGCGCCGGGUUGGGCACAUAAGAUGAGCGCAGUGCAAGCUGCGAAAUUGACGGUGGGACAAAGUACCGCAACGGCAGCUGGUGCUGGUGGCAAAGAAGGAUAGACGUUCCUGGGUUUUCCCGCUCGGGAAGUCAGCAUUUGGUGUUUGGCAGGUGGGUGUGCACACGGUAUUGGCACAAGCAUGUCCACAGUUACAUUGGUGUGGGAUGGAGUUACUUCUUCGCCAUAGGUAACAAAAUUCAAGGAAGGGUGAGACCGGUGCAAGCAUGGACAUGGGAUUGUCUCUCAGGCAUGUGGUCGAGCAGGAGUUGAGGGGGCUUAUGAUUUGCAUAGGACAGAGCACUGCAAUAUUCGAGAGAGUGCAGUUAGACAGGCUGACCUUUGUCCCAACAUACUGGGCAGUGCAAAAUGAUAUGAACUAUGUCCACGAAUCCAUCGUGUUACUAAAUUGUAUG